AUGAAUAGCGAGAGGAUUGAGGAGAUAGAGAAGUUUUUAGUGAAGGAUAAGGAAUGGAAGCAUAUGGGAGAGGUGGACAAGAGCAAGAGGCCUAAAGACAGUUUGUUGGCUCAGAAAGAGAUUGAUUUUAGACAAGGGCCGCCUCUUGUUCCGUUUUCAUCGAAGCAGAAUGACGAGAUUGAAAGAGUCACGUUGAAGAGGAUCAGAGAGGGCACAUUUGACAACUAUGAAUACAAAACUAAACAUGUUGUAGAGGUAGUCGAUGCUGUGGACGAUGUCAAUGAGGUUGAGUGUGAGGAGACGAAGGAUAUUAUUUCGCUGUAUAAUGAGAUUGAGGGAGACUUGAUGAAUAUGGUUGAUUUUGGGAAUAACGGAUUUGUUCCGGAUGCUGAGGUGAGGAGUGUAAGAAUUGAGGAAGCAGGCAUUAACAAAAAGAAGCAGAAUACAAAGUGUUUGGAUAAAAUCAAGAAUGUGACAGUUAUAAAGAAAUGA